GCUUUCCGAGGAUGGCAUCCGGCUAGAAAACGAGAGGGACGACAGUAGUGCCAAAGCCUUGCAGCCUACUGCCAGCACCCUCCUGCCAGACCACAGCAACAUGGAAAUUGAGGUGUCAGUUGCAGAAUGUAAAGGCGUUGCUGGCGUUACUUCCACUCCCCAUUCUGCAGAUCACCCAUCUCCCUUCUGCUCGCCACCCCACAAUGGUCUCCUCACCAACCAUCACGAGUCCCUGGAUAACGACGUGGCCCGAGAGAUCCGCUAUCUAGACGAGGUGCUGGAGGCCAAUUGCUGCGAGUCGGCUGUGGAUGGGGCAUACAACGGGACAUCCUCCCCAGAGCCAGGCGCAGGGAUCCCGCAGAGCCACCUGAGCCCCCCAGGCCACGCGGCCAGCCAGCCAGAACCCAUGCAGAGAGCAGCCAGCAGGCAGGUGCUGACACACGCUGCAGACACCAUGGCAGAGGGAGAGAGAGCGAACGGCCACCACCCUGAGCAGCCCAGAGACAUGCCAGGGGACAGUCCACAGGCCCCUGUGAGCCCCAGCUCCUCCACCAGCUCCCAACCUGCUCCACGCGAUGGGGAGCUGACGCUGACCACGCUGAAAAAGGAGGCCAAGUUUGAGUUGCGUGCCUUCCACGAGGACAAGAAGCCCUCCAGGCUCUUCGAGGAGGAUGAGCGUGAGAAGGAGCAGUACUGCGUCCGGAAGGUGCGGCCGUCCGAGGAGAUGCUCGAGCUGGAGAAGGAGAGGCGGGAGCUCAUCCGGAGUCAGGCGGUGAAGAAGAAUCCCGGCAUUGCGGCCAAGUGGUGGAACCCGCCCCAAGAGAAGACCAUCGAGGAGCAGCUGGACGAGGAACAUCUGGAGUCGCACAAGAAGUACAAGGAGCGCAAGGAACGGCAGGCGCAGCAGCAGCAGCAGUUGCAACAGCAACAGCAACAACAGCAGCUGCAAGCCCCAUUGCAGCCCUCCCUGGCCCCCACCGCCUCCCAGGACCCUCCUGGCCUGUCUGAGAACACAAAGGAGGACAUCGUCACCGAGCAGAUAGAUUUCUCGGCUGCUCGCAAGCAGUUCCAGCAAAUGGAGAAUUCCCGGCCCGCCCUGGCCAAGGGACAGAGCAACCCCAGGCUGUUCUCCAUCAAGCCUUUUUACAGGCCCCUCCACUCAGAGAGGUCACUGACCACUGUGAGACCUGCGGCCAGCCGGGGUCCUCUGGAGGACGGUGGCUUAGUAGCCACCAAGGAGCAGAAAGCCCCCAGUGUCCCUGAGAGCCAGCUGGUGGGUGGAAGCCAGGCAGGUACAGCGCCUCAAGGCAAGGAUGGACCAUACAGCGAGCCCUCCAAGCGUGGACCCUUGUCCAAACUGUGGGCAGAGGACGGUGAGUUCACCAGUGCCCGGGCCGUCCUCACCGUGGUCAAAGACGACGAGCCUGGCAUUUUGGAUCAGUUUUCACGCUCAGUCAAUGUUUCUUUGACCCAAGAAGAGCUCGACUCUGGUUUGGAUGAGUUGUCGGUGCGGUCACAGGACACCACGGUCCUGGAGACGCUGUCCAAUGACUUCAGCAUGGACAACAUCAGUGACAGUGGAGCCUCCAACGAGACAACCAGCGCCCUCCAGGAAAACUCCCUGGCUGAUUUCUCUCUGCCCCAGACCCCACAGACUGACCCCACCUCCGAGGGCCGAGGUGAAGGGAUCUCCAAGUCUUUCAGCGAUCACGGGUUCUCCUCCCCUUCUUCCAUGCUGGGGGACUCUCCGUCCGUGGAGGACCCCUUGGAAUACCAGGCUGGCCUGCUGGUGCAAAGUGCCAUUCAGCAUGCCAUCGCUGAGCAGGCAGAGAAGGCGGCGGGCAAAACCAGCCCCAGUGGAGCUGCCCCCCGGGGACCAGAGGUGACCCUGGAGGCAGCUGACAGGGAAGCUUCCAGCUCAGAGAAGCCUCGGGCCAUGUUUGAGCCACCUCAGGUGUCCUCUCCCGUUCAAGAGAAGAGGGAUGUAUUACCAAAGAUCCUGCCUGCAGAAGACAGGGUGCUCAGGGAACCAGGGCCACCCCAGCCGCCUCCCGCUGUGCAGCCCAGCGGCCCCAUCAACAUGGAGGAGACCAGGCCGGAAGGCAGCUAUUUCAGCAAGUACUCGGAGGCGGCCGAGCUGCGAAGCACAGCCUCCCUCCUGGCCACCCAAGAGUCUGAUGUGAUGGUGGGGCCCUUCAAGCUGAGGUCCCGGAAGCAGCGGACUUUGUCCAUGAUUGAGGAAGAGAUCCGAGCGGCCCAGGAAAGGGAAGAGGAGCUGAAGCGGCAGAGGCAGGUCCUGCAGAGCACACAGAGCCCCAGGGCCAAGAACGCACCCUCACUGCCCUCCCGAGCAACCAGCUACAAAACCGCCCCAGGGAAAAUAGAGAAAGUCAGACCUCCUCCAUCCCCCACAACCGAAGGCCCCAGCCUGCAGCCUGACUUAGCCCCCGAAGAGGCUGCCGGAAGCCAGCGGCCCAAGAAUCUGAUGCAGACCCUCAUGGAAGACUAUGAGACACACAAAUGUAAAAGGCGCGAGAGAAUGGAUGAUAGUAGUUACACCUCUAAGUUACUGUCUUGCAAGGUGACUUCCGAGGUCCUUGAGGCCACCAGGGUUAACCGAAGAAAGAGUGCGCUGGCGUUGCGCUGGGAAGCCGGCAUCUAUGCCAACCAGGAGGAAGAAGACAAUGAGUAACUCUCCAGAGUGCUUCUUUGGUACUUGGGAUACCAAGAAACCAAGAAAGCAAUGAAUCAAAGCAUUUUAACAGACUGUUGAUUAAAGUGCACACCAACUCAGCAAUCCUAUGUAGACCAGAAUCUGCAAUAUGAAACAAUGAUGAAAAAUAAAGCAAAAAGAAAGUCCACCCAUCACACUCUGACGCCCAGGAGUCAAAGGAGAAGGGUUAUUUUUGUGACUCAAAAGAAUCUACAGUUGAUCCAAAGGGACAAAAACAUGACAGACAAAUCAAGAGCAGGUCAAACCGAGACUGGCCUUGCUGGGCAGUGUGGAUGGACAAGGCCCCAGGGGCGCUCAGCGAGGAUGGGAUCCAGACAGGUGCAGUUUGUGCCGAGUGGGUCUUUCCGAGCACUGGCUCCCUGUCCGUUUCCCGCCACUGGCACUGGUAGCGUCAGGAGUGUUGGGUUAGCUCCAUUUUCUCCAGCAGCCAUCUAGUCAAGGGUGUUUCUCUCCAUAUUUGCCCCAAAGAGGCAAUUAUUCCAUUUUGCCUACUUUUAGUUGUUUUUUCAUUGGGAACGACUAAUGGUUACAAUGCAUACAAUCCAUAUUUUAAAAGACACUAUUUCUUCAUCUUGCAAACACAAUCUCUUCUACAUUAGGAGGUUGAGAAGGCGGGAGAAAGCCAAACCAAAUGGAUUGUUCUAGCUUUAGAAUCUUGUCUGCUUAUCAUAAUGACUGAUGUGUAGUUAAUGAAAACUCAUUUUCACAAUUAUGUUUCUUCAUAUGAAAACUAUAUUUAGUGGACAACGUCUAUUUUUACGAUGGGAUAGGGGAUUACAUAUGUUUAAAAUCUACACGUUGAACAGCUGGGUUCAAUAAUUAAAAGGGCAAACUCUGCCACAGAGAAGUAGUUAAGAAGUAAAAGGGUGUUUAUAACUAUUUUGUAUUAUAAAGUGAGCCUUAGAGGUAGUAAGGAGAAAGGAUUGUUUUGAUUCAAUCAGAAAGGAAACAUGAGAAAAAGGCAGAAAGGGAGAGAAGAAAGGUGGGGAAACGAGGAAGAAAGAGAUACUAUUUUUGCUGAGCAACCAGUGUUUUUCAGGAUGAUGCAGAGAAAACAAUAUAGGAUAGAAAUUUUAAGUACAGGCUUGGGAUUGGCCACAAAUCCUAAAGCUGGUUGUGUGUAUGUGUGUGUAUGUGUGUGUGUAUACACCUUUGUGUGUUUGUGUAAGGUGUGUAUGUUUAUGAGUUAAGAGUGUGUGCAUGUGUGGGUGUGUGUGCAUUAAAAUUCCGGGGUGACCACGGCCCCUGAGUGUACGGCGGUUUCCUCCAAAGCUACUUGCCAGCUUCAGGAGUGGGCGAGAAUUUCUUUUUUAUGAAAAGGGAUGUAAAGGCACCGAUCUGAUACAGUGUUUGUAACAUUAAAUUGACCUAACAUGGUAUUUGCAUGAGUUAUAAUUGCAGAGUUUUGAGUAGUUUUGUAAUUUGACAUUUAGGAAAGUAUUCUAUUUAUUCUCAUGCUUUAUAUUCAUGCUAGUAUACUAUACAAAGAUGCCAGCGUACUCUUUUUGUCACUUAAAGCAAUAUGAUGAGGGUAUUCAAUAACUGAAUACCCUAAACUUCUGGAUGAAAAAAUUCGAGUUCUGAUGGUGAGAAAAAAAAAAAAAAAACUAACCAGCCUUUUUUUUCUUUAAAAUUAUUAUUUUUAAAAGAGCAAUAAUUAUGUCAGACUUCACUAAGACUCAUCUUUGUUUUCAUAUUGUUAUGUUAUAAGCCCUAAUAUUUUAUUCUAACAAGUAGAAAUUCCACAAUUUGUAUGUAGAUGUUAUGCACGUUAUCUUUGCUUCCUUUAUUAGACUAGUGCUGGCUUAUGAGGGCAAGUUUAUUCACAGACAAAUGUUGGGCACAGAGUGAAAAAUGGAACUAUCCAGUAACUUGCAAGGAACUUUUAGAACUGCCAAGGAAAGCUGCAGUUUGAAGCCACAUUCUGCAGAUGGGAGCCAAAAUAGCACAUGCUCUGUUGGCACCAUCUGUGUAUGUGGUGCAUUCUGAGUAGUCAGCAAAUGUGCUGGCCACUAGGGGACACCAAACAGUUAAGACUGGCCUGGGAGAUUGGAAAAUUCGGUCCUUGCGGAUGGUAGGGGCAUCCCCAAGAAGGGGGCCUGUCUAUGCCAGAAGAUCUCCAGCCAGAUGUCCCCCAGGUGCUUAGGCAGAGGACCCAGUAAUAAGGGAACGCUCCCAAGGCAGAUAGAUACAUGGGUAACAGAGGCAACGGGACGGGGGGGGGGGGGGGGUGUGUGUAGCGACGUUUAGGAUGGCUGCACAGCAGGAGAGCUGUAUGGGCUGCGUGAAAAAUAAAACAUGCUUCGUGUCUCCUAGACUUGGGUAGAUCUGAUGGAGACCACACACGUGGUGCAGACCAACUCCCCCAUUUUCACAAGAAGAAACCAUCCUCAUCUCUUCCUUUUUUCUUUUUUCUUUUUUUUUUUUCUGCUUGGAAGGAAAAAACAUACCCUCACAGAACUGACUUUUGGGAAGAGAAUUGGCAGCUGAAAGGAAAGCUCAGGAGGCCACAGUUUGUGGAAUUGCUUUAGAGGCAGACCCAGUGAUCUUUGACCAUAGCUGAUGGACCCAGAAACACUUACUGCUUGAGGAAUAGCAGGAUUAUAGAGCUGGCACCUUUUGGGGUCAUGCUCCCUGUGCAGAAAAGGGAGCGUGCAGUUUCUGCGGACUCCCCCACCCCAAGUCACAAAGCCGUUUUUACUGGGUCCUUUGGGCCCUUACAUAUCCCACAUUCGCCUAGUCCCUUCCCUCCCCACCCCCAGACCUUGCUGUUUCCUGGUUCCCAUCAUUAAUGACCCGAUAAUCCUAUUAAAUUGUAAAUUGCAGUUCCCUUAGGAGAGCCAGAUUUUGUUCUGUGCUCUAAAGUUUUUUACUCAUUCAAGGUACAUUGGGUCAUUGCUUUGUACAUAGCAAUGUAAUGGGCAUUGGACAUCCAUGAGACUCUGGAACAUUCUGUUGACGGGACAGACAUCGAGAGAAAGAGGCAAGGGAAAAGCUGCCUCUGGCCACCCGGCCUUCUCUCCAAAGAGCUCCCCGCGUGUUCAACUCGGCUGUGGCCAGUGUUGCGAUCCCACAGCUGCUCGGGUCCUCACUGACCCGUUGUGCAGUGCCUAGGGCUCUCACUUUUCCCGGAGCUGAGGAGCAACUGCCCCGCCUUGGCCAUCCUACUCAGAACCUGUGGAAACAUGAUGUGUCUGGGUAGGAGGCCGGGCUCUGUUGUACUCGGAGGAUGCCAUGCAGCUCCCUUGCCUCUAGCCCCAUGCAUGCUGCCCACCCUGGCAACGACAUAGAAGCAGUGUCCAGGUCAGUGUCCACAUAUAUAUUACACACAAACACACACACAGAGACGUAAUAAGGAACGCUGAAACAGUGUUGACUCUUGUCUCUAAAGACAAACUUUUUUUCCAACUAAAAAUGGAUUUCAUUAAACUAUGUAUUGAAAAACAAUAGCCUAAGUGUUAGAGAUGGUGACUCUUAGUUACAGAACCAAUUUGCUGAAUCUUGAGCAUUCAGUGAGCUGCCAAUUUGAAUUUUUGUGUUGCUCUUUACCCAGAUGACUUUUUUUUUUUCCUUGAGGAGGGGAAAAAAAAGCAAUACUGUGUUUGGAAAUUAUACUCUGUAUCUGGCUUUCCUGUGUAUGUUAGCCACUUCAAUGUUAUCCCGCUUUGGUUUUAUAGUGAUUGUGAGGCGUUCGAUGCAAGUAUACAGUUAUUUUCUCA